ACAAAACUAAAAAGCCAUGGCCCAACCACCAUAUAUCGUUCGGAAACUACUGGUAGAAGUACUCGACGCACGGGAUCUUCUCCCCAAAGACGGUCAGGGAAGCUCCAGUGCCUAUGUCAUCGCCACCUUCGACGGUCAAAGAAAACGAACCUCCACAAAAUAUCGUGACCUCAACCCCGUGUGGAACGAGAACUUGGAGUUCAUCGUUUCUGACCCAAACAACAUGGAGUUCGAAGAGCUAGAAGUCGAGGUUUUUAAUGACAAGAGAUUCGGCAAUGGUAGCGGCCGUAAAAACCAUUUCUUGGGAAGGGUUAAACUGUAUGGCUCUCAGUUUUCUAAAAGAGGUGAAGAAGGGAUUGUUUACUUCCCUCUUGAGAAGAAAAGUGUGUUCAGCUGGAUAAGGGGAGAAAUCGGUCUGAGAAUUUGUUAUUACGAUGAGUUAGUUGAAGAGGAUCAGCAACAAGCUCCAGCUCCAUCGGGGAAGGAUGCAGAUACGUUACAACAUCAAGAGCUGCUAAAAUCCCCGGCAGUUAUUGAGGAGCAAGGCAGAGUUUUUGAAGUUCACGACUAUCACCACCCCCACCACCAACAUCUUCAUCAUAAUGGGACUCACUCGCCUCCUUCUGUGGUUAUCGAGGAGUCUCCACCGCCGGUGGUGCAGGUAAACUCGGAACCACCACUAGGUUCGCAACAAGUACCUCUUCCAGAGGAGCCGCAUUACGUGGAAACCCACACUCAGUACCAUCCAGAAGUGAGGAGGAUGCAGACUACGAGAGUCGCGUCCAGUGGUGAUAACAGAGUGAAGACAUUGAGGAGGCCAAUCGGAGAUUUCUCUCCUAAAGUAAUUUCUGGCAGAUUCAAGUCGGAAUCGACGGAGAGGAUCCAUCCUUACGAUCUUGUCGAACCAAUGCAGUAUUUGUUCAUCAGAAUUGUCAAGGCGCGUGGUUUAUCGCAAAACAAGAGUCCUAUCGUCGAGGUAAGGACAACAACUUAUCGUAUGAAGUCUGAACCAGCGAGUUACCGACCUGGUGCCUCACCGGAUUCGCCUGAGUGGCACCAGGUUUUUGCAUUGGGUCAUAAUAACAAGACUGACGGACAGCUCCCCAAUGCAGCUGGCAACCUAGAGAUCUCCGUUUGGGACGCACAUUCGGAGCAGUUUCUCGGCGGUGUUUGCUUUGAUAUCUCUGAAGUUCCGGUGAGGGAUCCACCGGACAGUCCGCUUGCUCCUCAGUGGUACCGAUUGGAAAGUGACGCCGCCGCUGAUCAGAGCUGUAAUAGGGUUUCUGGUGAUAUCCAGCUCUCUGUCUGGAUUGGGACUCAAGCUGAUGAUGCGUUUCCUGAAGCGUGGAGCUCAGACGCGCCUUACGUCGCUCACACGCGCUCAAAGGUUUACCAGUCCCCUAAGCUGUGGUAUUUGAGAGUGACGGUCAUUGAAGCUCAGGAUCUUCACAUUUCGUCCAAUCUGCCACCUUUGACUGUUCCGGAGAUCAGAAUCAACGCUCAAUUGGGAUUCCAAUCGGCGAGGACGAGGCGAGGGUCCAUGAGCAAUCAUAGUACGUCGUUCCGAUGGAUCGAUGACCUAGUUUUCGUCGCCGGCGAGCCGCUGGAAGAGUCAUUGAUUCUGCUAGUGGAGGACCGUACCACCACGGAAGCGGUACUCCUCGGGUACAUCAUAAUUCCCGUGAGCUCAAUCGAGCAACGGUAUGAUGAGCGCCACGUGGCAUCCAAAUGGUUCCCGUUGGAAGGAGGUGGUGACACUGGGGGAGCAGGAUGUGCUCCUGGCGGGUCCUGCCGUGGGAGAAUCCAUUUGCGUCUCUGUUUGGAAGGAGGGUAUCACGUGCUUGAUGAAGCGGCGCACGUGUGCAGUGAUUUUAGACCCACGGCUAAGCAGCUAUGGAAGCCAGCUAUUGGGGUUUUGGAGCUGGGGAUUUUAGGGGCUCGUGGGUUACUGCCCAUGAAACCCAAAGGAGGGGGCUCAGGUUCGACCGAUGCCUAUUGUGUGGCUAAGUAUGGCAAAAAAUGGGUCCGAACAAGAACUAUCAGGGAUAGCUUUGAGCCACGUUGGAACGAGAAGUAUACCUGGCAGGUCUAUGAUCCUAGCACUGUUCUCACCGUUGGCGUUUUCGACAAUUGGCACAUGUUUGGUGAAAUGUCUGAUGAUAAACCUGAUUGCCGUAUAGGGAAAAUCCGUAUACGAGUAUCUACAUUGGAGAGCAACAAGGUGUACAUGAAUUCGUAUCCUUUGUUGGUUUUAUUAAGAACCGGGUUGAAGAAAAUGGGUGAGAUAGAAUUAGCAGUUCGGUUUGCUUGCCCCAGUUUAUUACCGGAUACCUGUGCAGUUUAUGGGCAGCCAUUGCUUCCUAAAAUGCACUAUCUUCGGCCACUCGGGGUAGCCCAGCAAGAGGCAUUGCGUGGUGCCGCCACCAAAAUGGUUUCUUUGUGGCUUGCGCGGUCCGAGCCACCAUUGGGACCGGAGGUGGUCAGGUACAUGCUGGAUGCGGAUUCUCAUGCAUGGAGCAUGAGAAAGAGUAAAGCCAAUUGGUUUCGAAUCGUAGCGGUUCUUGCAUGGGCUGUCGGGUUGGCUAAAUGGUUGGAUGAUAUUCGAAGAUGGAGAAACUCGGUCACAACUGUAUUGGUUCAUCUUUUGUAUUUGGUGCUUGUUUGGUAUCCGGAAUUGGUAGUCCCAACAGGGUUCUUAUAUGUGUUCUUGAUUGGUGUUUGGUACUAUAGGUUCAGACCUAAGAUACCGGCAGGCAUGGAUAUCCGGUUAUCACAAGCAGAAACCGUUGACUCGGAUGAACUAGAUGAGGAAUUCGACACAGUACCAAGCAUGAAACCACCCGAAAUUAUAAGGGCCCGUUAUGACAGGUUAAGGAUGUUGGCAGCCCGAGUCCAAACAGUUUUGGGUGAUUUUGCAACCCAAGGGGAAAGGGUUCAAGCUUUGGUGAGUUGGAGAGAUCCGAGAGCCACAAAAUUGUUCAUAGCGGUGUGUUUGGCUAUAACAUUGAUACUAUAUGUGGUUCCACCAAAAAUGGUAGCUGUGGCCUUAGGAUUCUAUUUUUUACGACACCCAAUGUUUAGAGACCCAAUGCCUCCGGCUAGCUUGAACUUUUUCCGCCGGCUUCCGAGCUUAUCAGAUCGGUUAAUGUAGGUUUCGGAGAGUAAAAAAAUUACAGCUAUAGCAAUAGAAUAGUACGAGCAGCCCCAUUUGGGCACCGAAAUUUGGUGUGAUGGAGGGGAAUGUGAAGACAACUGUUUGAUGUCGAAAAAAGUUGUCCCAAAUAAACAUUUUGAGUGAAAAGUGGGACGAGAGUAAAAGGUAUGUCUUUUUUUUUUUUUUUAAGUGAUUGGAUAGGCCGAUUGAGGUUGAAAACUUGAAAUAAGAGAAAGGGGUUGGUGGG